GAUAACCACCCCCUGAUGGUGCAGUUCGCGUGCAUUCGGAUCUCAUCUUUCGUACGGAAUUUGUAUAAUUUAUUCCUUUAUCCAAGCUGGAAAGUGGAAAACCGGCACCUGUUUGUUUAUACUGCCUAAAAAUCAAUGUUCCUGACUGAUUGAUUUCGAAAAAGCAUAUGGACAAUGCUGAAAUUACUCCUCACAGGACAUCGUUUAUGUCAUCCAGGCCCCAGAAUAAAUCCGCAAUCGACGCUUCAAACCCUAAGAUUCACUCAGAACGAGUUGCUCAAAUCAGCCAAAGAUGUCUUCCAGCAGCAGCGGCGUCAAUUCGUCACCAGAAACACGAAACAGGAAGUGGUACGCACCCGGCAAGGUAGCACCAAGAUAGUGAACCUGUUGCUUGGGGGAACAACUGUCAGUUUAACCAUCGGCUAUCAAUGUGGGCGACGAUGGUUUGUCCACUGUGAAGCGCCGGCCUUCAAUCGACUAGAUGGACGGAAAUCGAAUCAGUCUGAUUCUGUGAAGUUUGACUGGAAGAAAUUUUGGAGCUACUUGAGGCCGCACUGGUUGAGGCUGAUUGGUUCAAUUUUGGCGGCCUUGGCCGUGGCGUAUUUCAACAUUCAGAUUCCCAAUUUACUGGGAACAGUUGUGAACACGUUGUCUAAAUAUGCCAGAACAAGUUUAACCGAUAUAGAAGCGGCAAAGUUCUUUGAUGAAAUGAAAUUUCCAUCGCUACGUCUUUUCGGAAUGUAUAUUGGUCAAGCCAGUUUUACAUUUGUUUACAUUUUUCUGCUGAGUCAGAUAGGAGAACAAAUGGCUGCAAAAAUCCGACAGGAUCUCUACAAGCAGAUCAUUAUUCAGGACAUUGCCUUUUUCGAUGAAAAUCGAACUGGUGAGCUUGUCAAUCGACUGACGGCUGACGUGCAGGAUUUCAAAUCCAGCUUCAAACAGUGCAUAUCACAGGGAUUGAGAUCCAUAGCUCAACUGAUCGGUGGAGGAGUUUCGCUUUUCCUGAUUUCUCCUCAACUGGCAACGAUAGCCUUGGUUUCGGUCCCAGCAGCUGUGGCCAUGUUUUCGUUCCUUGGUCGAUCCCUCAGAAGUUUGAGCAAAAAAAGUCAAGCCCAAUCGGAACGGGCAACCUCAGUUAGCGAGGAAGCACUGGCAAAUAUAAGGACCGUUCGAGCCAGUGCCAGUGAGUUUUCCGAAGUAGAAUUAUUUAGGCAAGAGACUGACAAAGCUGCGAAACUUUCCGAGCAACUGGGCACUGGGAUUGCUGUUUUUCAGGCACUGACAAAUUUAUUUUUGAACGGUAUGGUAUUGACGACGUUGUGCCUAGGUGGAUACUUCAUGUCCACUCAAUCGAUCAGCGCCGGAGACCUGAUGGCGUUUUUGGUCGCUUCACAGGGCGUUCAACGUUCCCUCGCCCAAGGAUCGAUUCUUCUAGGUUCCGUUGUGCGUGGCAUAACGGCCGGUUCCCGUGUCUUCGAAUACCUGGCUGUCGAACCGAAAACCGAUCUUAAACUGGGACAAAUAAUCCCUGCAUCGGAGCUACGCGGUGAAAUUCGCUUCGAAAAUGUGUCCUUUACGUACCCUUCGCGUCCGAACCAACAGGUGUUGAAGGACUUUACCCUGGUUCUAAAACCAGGCCAAACAGUGGCCCUAGUUGGGGCUAGUGGUUCCGGUAAAUCUACGAUAGCCAAUUUGUUGGAACGCUUUUACGAACCAACAGAAGGACGGAUAACUAUUGAUGGUUACGAGCUGGCCCAGUUAUCGCCCCAUUGGCUCCGGGGUCAGGCAAUCGGUUUCAUCGAACAACAACCGGUACUGUUUGGAACCACAAUUUACGAGAACAUUCGUUACGGGCGACCGGAAGCCUCGGAAACGGAAGUUCUGGAGGCAGCAAAACUCUCGCAAUCGCAUCAGUUCGUGAGCCAGCUGCCGGAAAGCUAUCAAACGUCGGUCGGGGAACGUGGUGUUCAGCUGAGUGGUGGACAGAGGCAGCGUAUUGCGAUCGCGAGGGCUCUGCUAAAGCAGCCCACCAUCUUGAUUCUGGACGAGGCUACCAGUGCUCUGGAUGCUUCCAGUGAAGCUGUGGUACAGAAGGCCCUAGAUGCUGCCGUUGUGGAUCGUACGACAUUGGUCAUUGCCCAUAGAUUGUCCACGAUACGUAAUGCGGACGUUAUCGUUGUACUGGACAAGGGCAAAAUAGUGGAGAAGGGAAACCACGAUAGUUUAAUGCAGAAGAAGGGUUAUUACUUUGAACUCGUUAAGCAGCAGGAGCGUCAGCAGAAGGAACAGGAUCAAACGAGAGCUUAUGGGUGAAGUGAGUAUCGGUUUCAUGACAUAAAACAUGUUAGUUUAGUAGAAUAAAGUAUCGUUAAAGUUGUGUUAACUUUGAAUUUUG